AUGGCAUCAUCUUCAUCGCAGAGUAGGGUUUUAAAUCCUGACCCGGAAGAUGGUUCAUUAUUGAGGUAUCAGUCUGUUCACGUAUCGGAGCAUAUUUGGGAUGGACGUGAGCACCCAGUUUUAAAGGUGAGAAUGAGUCACUUCAUACCGGCUGGCAUGGAAGGGGUUCUAGUGGAGAUACUUCUUCAUCUAAUUUUAGCUGGAUUUGCUGGAGUAGCUCAGUUGGCAUGCUUUCCUAUUGAUCGACAUCUUAUUACAGCCUUGGUUGAAAGAUGGAGGCCAGAGACACAUAUCUUCCACAUGCCUCCUGGAGAGUGUACUAUAACUCUUCAGGACAUUGCUAUUCAGACAGGGCUUCGUAUAGAUGGAAAGGCAGUGAUUGCAGCUGUAGGAGGUGAUAAGACACAAAUUGUGAAAGAUUUGCUUGGUAUUAGACCACCUGCUGAUGCAUUUAUGGGGAGUAGUUUGAAGUUGAGUUGGUUGGACCAACACUUUACACAUGUUGCAAUGCAUAAUCAUAAUGAACUUCAGCUUACUCGCUUUGCUAGAGCUUAUAUUCUGAGACUGAUAGGUGGGUUCAUGUUGGUUGAUCAUUCCUCUAGUAGAGUCCCAGUUAGGUACCUUCCAUUGCUAGAGGAUUUUACUAUCACAGGACAAUAUAGUUGGGGAGCUGCAGGAUUGGCAUUCCUAUACCGAGAUUUAUGCAUGUCGACCAAUAUUGAGCAUUCUGGUAUUGGAGGAUUAACCCCAUUACUUAUGAUGUGGGCAUGGGAUAGGUUUCCAUUUUUACAGUCUAAUAAUCCUGUGCACACACGAGUAGAGCUUCCUUACAGUGCACGGUGGUUAGUGAGUCGAAGUUAUGGGAGGGGAAAGAGAGAUCUCGCUUACUACAGAUAUAAGUUUGAUCAUAUGAAACGUGAGGAGUUUGUAUGGCAACCGUAUAGUAUGGAGUUGAUGAAUUCUUUGCCUGCCAUCUGCAUUGAAGGAGCAAAUAUUUGGAGGUCAGUUGUGCCACUUAUAUGUUUUCAAAUUUGUGAGUGGCACCGACCUGACCGUGUAAUGCGGCAAUUUGGGAUCGUUCAACAUAUUUCUCGUGCUUCAUACCAACCUGACCAGCUACACGACAUUACUUUGAGAGGAAAGACUGGUGAGAAUUGGUCGACCAAGUUCAGAGGCAUAGUGGAGCUAUGGGACAUGCGACAAGCCUGGGUAAUGACUAAUGAUCCUCAAAUUGGGUUGUUAAGUUCUAACUCUGAAUAUAUACGGUGGUACAUUACUCACACCAGACAAUGGAUGACCAGGGAUGCAACUGUAUUUGCAGUACUUGGAGAUGCUCAUGAAGAGCAUAUUACUUGUGUAAUGAUGAAUGAGCAGGAGCGCAUCUUAGAGCCUGCUUCUUCGUUUGACCCUCCUAUUCAGAGUGGAAAUCCAGCUGAUCUGGACAUUGACAUUGGUCAACCUGCAGACCGUAAGGAAGGAAAAGGUUUGCAACGUCAUCGAACAGAAGUUAAGGCAACAGAGUGGUCACUUCCCCCUUUGCCAGAACGCAGAGACGGCAUAUAUUAUGUCCCACCACAGUUUCCCUUCAACCCUUCCCAGGCUACUCAGACAUCCUAUUUUCACGCAUCACAGUACACUUCACAGCCUGCUGUAUCGCCAUUUAGCAGUGGUCAAUACUAUGUCCCCGAGGGUAGCCUCUACAUGACACCUCCUCCAUAUGAGCCAUCAUUCUUUAUGCCUGAUGCACCAGCUGUAGGAGGUCAUCAGAGUGACCAGGGAUGGGAAACAUCAUCAGUCCAACCACGUGAGGAGCAUGGCAUUGAUCUUAAUGCAAAUUUUAUAAUUGCUGCUGAUGUGGAGGUACAAGAAGUGCGUCGGAACCCUCAUCGUGAAGCACGAGAUCGUCGUCGACAGUGCAUACUCACACCUCAUGAGGCAGGGCAUGCGGACCAAUCCUUGGAUUCAGAUUGA